CGUUCAUGGAUAAAUCUAUGCUGUUUGUAAAGCGCUAUCUGUUUCAUAGUUUUUAGUGACAAGUCAUGGCUGAAGAAGAUUGGGAAGAAGAGGAGCAUCUUGUGGUCAUAAAACUCCAAGGAGUCAUAGACAAUGAAUUCUUGUACAGCUGCGAGUCGUCAAAUUGUCGACUUUUGGGUAUUGAUACUGAUGAGCCUGUGCUUCAGAUUGGGAAUUAUACAUUCAUUGGAGAGUUUAAAGAAUCUCUUGGAACACAUGUAUUAUUUGAGGAACUAGGUAAUACUUUAAUUAGUCUACUGAGAAAUAACUUGUCAUAUAUUACUUAAUAAUAUACAUGAAAA